GGUACGUAAGACUCACUGAACUCGACAUUGCCUUGGUAGUUCCGACUUCAGCUGAUCUGCUUGCAUCCGGGUGAUCAAAAUCAAGCCCUCUCCUAUAAAAACAUAAAUAUCACAAAAAUGAUAGUAGACGGAAUAGAAGACGAAGAGAAAUGGCUCGCCGAGGGGAUAGCAGGCAUUCAACAGAAUGCCUUUUACAUCCAUCGCGCCCUGGAUGCCAACAAUCUCAGGGAAGCCCUAAAAUUCUCGGCUCACAUGCUAUCGGAGCUUCGAACUUCCAAACUUUCUCCUCACAAAUAUUAUGAACUAUAUAUGAGAGCCUUCGACGAGCUCAGGAGACUGGAGAUUUUUUUUAAAGAUGAAAGCAGACACGGCGUUUCAGUUGUUGAUUUAUAUGAGCUUGUCCAACAUGCUGGAAAUAUACUGCCUAGACUGUAUCUACUAUGCACGGUGGGAUCUGUUUACAUCAGAUCUAAGGAUGCUCCUGUCAGGGAAGUUCUUAAAGAUCUAGUGGAAAUGUGUCUCGGUGUUCAACAUCCAAUUCGUGGUCUGUUUUUGAGGAGUUACCUUUCUCAAGUCAGUAGAGAUAAGUUACCGGACAUUGGUUCCGGUGAUGAAGGGGAUGCUGACAGUGUGAUGGAUUCUGUCGAAUUUGUUCUGCAGAACUUCACAGAAAUGAAUAAGCUUUGGGUUCGCUUGCAGUAUCAGGGGCCCAGUCAGAUAAGGGAGAAGAGGGAAAAAGAAAGGAACGAACUUCGUGAUCUUGUUGGAAAGAAUCUCCAUGUACUGAGUCAAAUAGAGGGCGUGGACCUUGACAUGUACAAAGAUACUGUUCUUCCAAGGGUCUUAGAGCAGGUUGUCAACUGCAAAGAUGAGCUUGCCCAGUUUUAUCUGAUGGAAUGCAUAAUUCAGGUUUUUCCUGAUGAAUACCAUUUGCAGACUCUUGAGACACUUUUGGGUGCUUGUCCCCAACUACAGCCGACAGUAGACAUCAAGGCAAUAUUAUCUCAGUUAAUGGAGAGAUUGUCAAAUUAUGCUGCCUCAAGUACUGAUGUUUUGCCAGAAUUUCUGCAAGUGGAAGCAUUUGCCAAAUUAAGUGGUGCAAUAGGCAGGGUUAUUGAAGCACAGGCCGACAUGCCUAUUGUGGGAGCCAUUGCAUUGCAAGUCUCUCUUCUUACAUUUACUCUCUAUGUUCAUCCUGAUCGGCUUGAUUAUGUGGAUCAAGUACUGGGAGCCUGUGUCAAGAAACUUUCUGGAAUGCCAAAACUUGAUGACAACAGAGCAACAAAACAAGUUGUUGCACUUUUAAGUGCUCCAUUGGAUAAAUACAAUGAUAUUGUGACCGCCUUAACACUAUCUAAUUAUCCCCGUGUUAUGGAUCAUCUUGAUAAUGAAACAAAUAAAGUUAUGGCCAUGGUUAUUAUCCAAAGCAUAAUGAAAAAUAACACUUGCAUCUCCACUGCUGAUAAGGUUGAGGUGUUGUUUGAGUUAAUAAAAGGGCUUAUCAAGGAUUUGGACGGAACAGCCUUGGAUGAGUAUGAUGAAGAAGAUUUCAAUGAAGAACAAAAUUCUGUUGCCCGCCUCAUACACAUGUUUCAUAAUGAUGAUCCUGAAGAAAUGGUAAAGAUUAUAUGUACUGUGAAGAAACAUAUUAUGAAUGGAGGACCAAGGCGCUUACCCUUCACAGUUCCUUCCCUUGUAUUUUCCGCACUUAGGUUAGUUAGGCAACUACAAGGGCAGGAUGGAGAUGUUGUGGGAGAAGAUAUUCCUACAACACCCAAAAAAAUAUUUCAACUCUUAAAUGAGACCAUUGAAGCUCUUUCUUCUGUUCCAUCUCCGGAGCUGGCGCUUAGGCUGUAUCUCCAAUGUGCUGAGGCUGCUAAUGAUUGUGACCUUGAGCCUGUUGCUUAUGAAUUUUUCACUCAGGCAUUUGUAUUAUAUGAGGAAGAAAUUGCGGACUCCAAAGCUCAGGUAACCGCAAUUCAUCUAAUUAUUGGGAUGCUUCAGAGGAUGAACGUCUUUGGUGUUGAGAAUAGGGAUACUUUGACACACAAGGCUACCGGGUAUUCUGCAAAGCUCUUGAAGAAGCCUGAUCAGUGCCGGGCAGUCUAUGCAUGCUCACAUCUUUUUUGGGUUGAUGAUCAAGAUGGUCUUAAAGAUGGUGAACGGGUAUUGCUUUGCCUUAAGCGUGCCUUGAGGAUUGCAAAUGCUGCUCAGCAAAUGGCCAAUGUGACCAGGGGUAGCAGUGGUCCAGUAACUCUGUUUGUUGAAAUACUGAACAAGUACUUGUACUAUUUUGAGAAAGAAAAUCCACAGAUUACAAGUUCUGCAAUUCAGGGGCUGAUAGAAUUAAUCGCCACUGAGAUUCAGAAUCCAGCUUCGGAUGUUUUCUUUGUCAGCACAUUGCGGUACAUACAAUUCCAGAAACAGAAGGGUGGACUACUGGCCGAGAAAUAUGAUUCUAUCAAGAUUCGAUUCCCGUUUGUGUAACAGCGAUGGAAUUUCUCUACUAAACCCUAAAUAUCAUCGUUGAGUCUGUCAGUUUCUUUUUCUUUUCCCAAUUCCAUGCAUCGUAUUCUUUGCGGUUUUUAGGGAAUGUGAUCUGAGGAACAAUCUUGAUAGUUUAAUGUUCAUAAAUUCAUAUGUGCAAUGGUUUUUGCUGGAUGCAAUUUGUAGGACAAGGAUAAAGAGUUUAGUAUCUUCGAAUUUGUGUUGUCCGCUGAUUGAUCAUUUCUUUUUG